GUUGCUGUGAGCUAGGCUGAUGCCAUGGCACUCUGUCUGAAAAAAAAAAAAAAAAGAAAAGAAAAAAGGAUCCUGGACUGAAUUCCAGAAGCUCUGGGGGCAGUCCUUUCUACCUGAAUCCUGGGCAAGUUACUUAUCUUGAGGAGCAGUGUCCCCAUCUGGACAUGAGCAAUCAGAGCUGCUGGCAGGGCAGGGUUGUGAAGACUGGAUGAGCUGCUUUGUCCGUGUGCGCGUGUGCUUACUGGGGGAUGGGUGAGCGGGGGAUGGCAAAGCAAGGAGUAAGGAGGCAGCCAUGUGUCCUGGGGCAGUUUAUAGGGCCUGCCUGGUGGAACCAGGGCUGCUGAGGAGAGGCGCUUGGAAAGACAGGAGGGGAUAGUGGCCAGGUCGCUGCUGAAAACGCUCGACCCCAGGAAUUUGGGACGGGUGGGCUCAGGGGCUCCGGGCAGCCCAGCCCCGCCCCACUCCGGAGAGGCGGCGGGGUAGGGGGCAACCGAAGAGUUGGCGCUUCUUCCAGUUCCCGGAAAGGCGGAUUUGGGGAGUCUGAGCCAGCACGGAGACCAGGGCUUCCCAGCGAGAGUUGUCCGCGAGGAGGAUCUCUCUCCGGGAUUAGACCCACUUGGAGACCGCGCUCCCGGCGCCGGCGCGGGGGCGGAGCUGAGCUCCAGAUGUCCGGGCGCGCACAGCUGGAGGGUCACGUGGCACGGCCCCAGUCCCCCUUCCUGCCAACGCUGCAUUUGGCCCAGGCCCCGUCCAUGGCUGCCCUUGGGACCCUGCGCUGAGCCCCGGAGGCCCCGGCGUCCGGGGCUGCGCCGCUCCCGAGGGCCGAGCGCUGCCCGUCCUGGAGGGUGCGUCAGGGGGAGCAGGACGACGACAGUAGAGGGAUAAACGGCCGGUAGCUGGAGACCCCGGGGGCGUGGCCGCCCACCCCUUCUCUCAGGAAGGGCUGGGCUGGGAGCCACCGCCCGCCACACGGACAUGAGGAGGAGGCUGCGCCUACGGCGGGACGCGUCGCUCACGCUGCUCCUCGGCACCGCCCUUGGCCUCCUACUCUAUGCGCAGCGCGACGGCGAGGCCCCGACGACGAGCGCGCCGCAAGCGCGAGGGAGGGCGGCACCAAGGCCCACCUUGGGGCCCCGCACGUUCCAGGUACCAGAGGCGGGCGCGGCACCCCCGGCCUACGAAGGGGACACGCCGCCGCCGCCCACGCCCACGGGACCCUUUGACUUCGGCAGCUAUUUGCGCGCCAAGGAUCAGCGGCGCUUUCCGCUGCUCAUUAACCAGCCGCACAAGUGCCGCGGCGACGGCGGACCGGGCGGCCGGCCAGACCUGCUCAUCGCUGUCAAGUCAGUGGCAGCCGACUUCGAGCGGCGCCAAGCCGUGCGCCAGACAUGGGGCGCUGAGGGUCGCGUGCAGGGGGCGCUCGUGCGCCGUGUGUUCCUGGUGGGCGUGCCCAGGGGUGAGGGCACAGAAGGGACAGACACAGUGGGGGCGGGCACUCGAACACACUGGCGCGACCUGCUGCAUGCUGAGAGCCGUGCAUACUCAGACAUCCUACUCUGGGCCUUCGACGACACUUUUUUCAACCUAACGCUCAAGGAGAUCCACUUUCUAGCCUGGGCCUCUGCCUUCUGCCCCGACGUACGCUUCGUUUUUAAGGGCGAUGCCGAUGUGUUCGUGCACGUGGGGAACCUGCUGGAGUUCCUGGCACUGAGGGAUCCGGGGCAGGACUUGCUUGCUGGUGAUGUGAUUGUGCAGGCGCGGCCAAUCCGCGCGCGGGCCAGCAAGUACUACAUCCCUGAGGGUGUGUACGGCCUGCCAGCCUAUCCGGCCUACGCUGGAGGCGGUGGCUUUGUAGUUUCAGGCGCCACGCUGCGGCGCCUGGUCGGCGCCUGCGCGCAGGUUGAACUCUUCCCCAUCGACGACGUCUUUCUGGGCAUGUGUCUGCAGCGCCUGCGGCUCACGCCUGAGCCUCACCCUGCUUUCCGAACCUUUGGCAUCUCCCAGCCUUCAGCUGCGCCCCAUCUGCGCACCUUCGACCCCUGCUUUUACCGCGAGCUGGUUGUAGUGCACGGGCUCUCUGCCGCUGACAUCUGGCUUAUGUGGCGUCUGCUGCAUGGGCCGAAUGGGCCAGCCUGUGCGCAUCCACAGCCUGUUGCUGCAGGCCCCUUCCAGUGGGACUCCUAGCUACCCAUCACAGCCCCAAGCUCCUCUCACUCACACUCUGGAUGGUGGGAGGGAACUUGAAGGGGGUUGCCAGAUGGAUUAUUGCAGUGCAUGUGGUUCUUCUCCAGACCACGGGCUGUCUGCCUCCACAAAGUCCCAGGGAGUGGAGAUUGAGCUUGGCUCUUGUUGGCCCACCCUGCUGGGAGCCAGUCCGGACCCAGUGUAAUGCUGACCUUUUGAAAUAGCCAGGACUGAGGUGGUGGAGGACCAUCUCUUGCCCAAUAGGCCCCAGGGUGGUGGACAUGUUUGGUCCUCCUAAUGGCAAACAGGUGUGUGUUUGGUUGGGUGGGUGGCAGGGGCUCAUGGAAUCCUAUCACACUUCUUGGUCUGGAACCCCUAAAAUUUUGCAGACACAUGUAUCACUCCUCAAAGGCAGGCCACACAGAGAGGUAUGCAGGGGGUCCUGGCUCCAGCCUUCAUGGACCUGGCAGGCUUUCUGCCACAGCUCAAUCUGAAAGUAGAUAUUUUGCUUCCCACCUGACCCUCUAAAUUAGAUUCCCAGUCCUGCCCAGGUCUUUAGACCUUGCCCCUUUGAGGUCUACUUUGCUGGAGCCAACCUCUCCUAGGCCCAGGAGGAUGGAACCACAAACAGGGACACCCUCACAACUAUGCCAGUCUCCUACUGGAGGCUCUACCAUCCUCUUCAGAGGAGCCAAGGAACGCCUUCCACUAAGACCGCCCCCACUAUAAUUUCCUUAUAUUCUUCAACAACCCUCAACAACCUUCAACAACCUAAAAUAACCUUCCUCAAAAAACCAACACUUAUUUUAGUACAAACAUCCCAGCAACAGCACAUGGGGGGCCAUUGCUGAGAGCACAGGUGCUUUAUUGGAGAGGGGAUGUGGGCAAUAAGGACAGUUCCCCCGUUGCAGGAGGAUGGGAACAGUCCUGGCUGCCCCUGACAGUGGGAUGUGCAGGGGUCUCUGGCCAGGCCACAGUCCACAUGGGAAGACACCAGACAGUCAGAAAGUCAUGGGAGCGCCACACAAGCCUGGCCCAUGAAGGAACCUGGAGCAGGUCCCCUGCACAUUCAUCAUUAAACUAUACAGGAUGAGGCUGUACAUGAGUUAAUUACAAAAGAGUCGUAUUUACAAAAAUCUGUACACACAUUUGAAAAACUCACAAAAUUGUCAUCUAUAUAUCACAAGUUGCUAGACCAAAAUAUUAAAAAUGGGAUAAAAUUA